UAGACAGCAUGCGGCAAACGGCAUUAACAGCAUCACAAUGAGGUGUGCGAUCGUUCUACUGGCUCUGGCAGCUUUUGGGGCGGCUCUACCCCAUCAGCAGCAGAAACAACAAGCUGCUAAUCAAGAUCUUCUGAAAAAGCAACAAGACUGUAUACUAUUGCUGCAACAGAUUACUCAAGAAAUCCCAAACGAGCAGCUGCAGAUUCUUGGUACCACCUAUGACAUCCAAAACAACUAUGAACAAUAUGAGAAUCCGAUCCUCGUCAAGUACUAUGUAGGCGCUGUUCAAGCCGGUUUAGUUCAGCCUAGAGGCACCACUUAUUCAAACUCUAUUAGCCAGCUUCGUAAAGAAGUUUCCCUUCUGCACAAAAUUUUAUUAGGCGCCAAGAACUACCAGACAUUCUUGGCAACCGCCGCAUGGGCCCGUGUCCACGUUAACGAAGAACAAUUCAUUAAGGCUUUCAUUGGAGCCGUUCUUCUGUAUCCAGAGACGCAAGGUGUCAUCCUGCCGCCUCUGUAUGAAAUCAUUCCCCAGUACUAUUUUGAUGCUAGAAUCAUCCAAGAAGCUCAGAACAUUGUUGCACAAGGCAGUUAUAACCAAAAUGUAAUCCCUGUCAACUAUUCUGCUCAAUUGUCCGAUAGCGAACAACAACUUUCCUAUUUCACGCAAGAUGUCGGCCUCGCUAAUUAUUACAGUUAUGUAAAUCUUGCUGGAUAUUUGUGGAAUCAACACGGACAACACACCCCUCUUCACUACCAACAAGGCGUUCAGAAUCAGGAAGAUCAAAUUGGUCAGGGAUCUCUUUACUAUUACCUUCAUCAACAAUUGCUGGCUCAUUACGAAUUGAACCGUCUCUCAAACGGAUUGGGCCCAAUUCAGGAUACUGAUUACGUCAACGUACAAGCGCCAUAUCAGCCACAUCUUCGUUACCUAAAUGGGCUCGAAUUCCCUGGUCGUCCUCAGUAUCUGCAACUCAGCCCCUACAAGAAUAAACUUAUCCACAUUGUCAAGAAGAUUGAACAAAGAUUAAUUGAAGCUAUUGACUCUGGACACGUCAUCACUCCGCAAGGCUCUUUUCUCUCUCUUUAUCAACCGCAAGGUUUAAACAUUCUUGGAGAAAUCAUUCAAGGAACAGGCAAAAGCGUUAACCCAAGAUACUACGGCAGUCUUCAAGCCGCUGCGCGUCAACUUCUGGGCAAUGCUCCCGAAGUGCAGAAUAUUUAUGAUUAUACUCCUUCUGUUCUUGAAUUGGGAAAUGUUGCUGUUCGUGACCCAGCUUUCUAUCAGCUCUACAAGAAAGUUAUCCAAUUGUUCAAGCUGUAUCAGAACUCUUUACCCGCGUACCAGUACAACGACAUUCUUUUGCCCGGUGUUAGCAUCCAAAAUGUUCAAAUCAGUCCACUGGUGACUCUCUUCAACAACUACUAUGUUGAUCUUGAUGGAGCUUCUCAGCAACAAAAUGGCCAACAACAGCAGCAGCAGCAGCAGCAGCAGCAACAACAACAACAACAACAACAACAACAACAACAACAACAACAACACAUUAAGGCUCAAGUGAAGAGAUUAGAUCAUAAACCCUAUGAAUACCAGAUUACUGUCCAGAGCGAGCAGAACGUUCCUGGUGCCGUUGUCCGCGUCUACUUGGGACCGAAAUAUGACUACCAUGGCAAACCCAUAAGUAUCUCUCAACAUAGGCAUCAAUUCGUGGAACUUGACCAAUUUGUAACUGACCUUCAUCAAGGGCAGAAUGUUAUUGUUAGACAAUCGCAACAGGCACCAGGCCAGAGCUUUGACUACCCAUCUGUUCAGGAAAUCAAGAAGGGUGUCAACAAUGCUGCUCAUGCUCAAGAACCAUACUAUAUCACCGAACCACAUCAAAUUUUCGGCUUCCCAGCUAGGCUGGCUCUUCCCAAAGGUCAUCAUGGUCAAGGAUUCCCAGUUCAGUUAUUAGUUGUGAUCUCUCAACCAGGACAACAAAACAUAGGAUACGGACCGGUUGUCCCAGAAGAAUAUCAGACCUAUCAACAGUAUCAAAUAGUUAGUAGCGAGGACUAUCAACAGAUUCAGCAUCAAGGUGGCAAAGUAGUCGGUGUGAAACAGAGUGUAGAAGUUGUACCAGAAAAUUUACCAAUUGAUCAGCAAAAGAAUCAAGUUAUAGUGAAUCAUUACGCUGAUCUUUAUACUCGGCAAUACGGACAGUAUCCGUACGCACACUUGCAAUAUCAUGUAGGCCAUGGACAGGGACAGAAUGUCUACGGUGUGCAAGGUCAAUACUAUGGACAAGGACAACAAGGACAACAAGGACAACAAGUACAACACGUACAAGGACAACAAGGACAACAAGUACAACACGUACAAGGACAACAAGGACAGCAACAAUAUCAAUGGGAUCAAUCUCAGGGUGUUUAUCAAGGACAACAUUACAAACAUGGUCAACAAAGUAUAGUGGGAGUCCAUGGUGGAGUAUCAGCUAAUGUAGAACAAGGCUCGCAACAAGAAGUACAAGGAGUGCAACCAGGUGUGCAAGGUGUACAAUACUCUGAAGUCCACGGAAGCCAAGGUGGCAUUCAAUCUGGAAUUCAGGGCAAAUACCACGUCACUUAUCAAGGACAAAGCCAACAACACCAAGGACUUGGUGGAGGAUAUACCGGUAGCGGACAAUAUCAUGCCGGUGGUUUCCAAAACAUCUUGGGUCAGGGACAACAAGUACAGGAAGGAUACGUCAACAAAUAUUAUCAGAAUAAACACAUUUCUGAAAUCAUCGGUGGCGCUAUCUCUCUCGACGGUAAACCUCUUGGUUACCCAUUGGACAGACCCUUGACUACCGGUGCCAUUUCCGUGCCUAACAUCUACGUUCAAACUGUCUACGUUCAUCAUGAAGGUCAACCCUCUACCCACGAAGUGUAUUAUCAGUAAAAUGUUCCUAUAAAUAAAAUAUAAUAGAUGUAUGGCAUUGUUAAAUGUAACAAUGUUUGACCGAAAGUUGUUUUUUAUUCAAUGUCACAAAAAAGAUUUAUCAAUUUAUUGUAGCAAAUGCAAUUAAUAAAUUGCCCUAAAACGC